CAUGUCCGGGAAGCCGUGUGAUGAGAAGGCGAUAAAAAAUAUAACUUGCACUGAUUCUGCCUGCCAAACUUCUACCAUGACCUGCGGUCUGGAUAUAGCUGUGCCAUACUUCAUUACGUUUAUCUUUCUUUGCUCUUUCCUUAUGCUCAAUUUGUUCGUAGCGGUUAUUAUGGAUAAUUUUGAUUACUUGACGAGGGAUUCAUCUAUUCUUGGUCCUCAUCAUCUGGACGAAUACAUAAGAGUUUGGGCGGAAAAGGAUCCGGCUGCUUGUGGACGAAUCCAUUAUACUCUCAUGUAUGAUAUGCUUCGGAAUAUGGAACCGCCUGUAGGUUUUGGUAAAAAAUGUCCUUAUCGGUUAGCCUAUAGAAAAUUAAUACGGAUGAACAUGCCAGUGGCAGAAGAUGGCACUGUUCAUUUUACUACUACUCUCUUUGCUCUUAUUCGUGAAUCUUUAAGCAUUAAAAUGGGUCCAGGUAAGGAAAUGGACCGUAAAGAUGAAGAGUUGCGUGAAACAAUUCCCCGAUUGUGGCCAAUACAAGCCAAGAAGAUGCUUUGUCUGCUCGUGCCUCUAAAUGAGGAGCUAUCUCAGCAGAAAAUGACUGUUGGAAAAAUUUAUGCUGGUUUAUUAAUAGUAGAAAAUUGGAAAGUUAAUAAACAAAAUCAAGCUAAGGGAACGAGACCACCAUCAUUCGUAAAUCGGCUAAUGGGAGUUAUGAAGACUUCUUUGUCCCGAUCCAAUCAAAGUUUAGACUCAACCCACUCGGACAUCGAAAAUGGCUAUCGGGCUGAAAACUCUGCUCAGAGACGGAAGGUUGACGAAGGAGUUACAUACAAGCGUGAAGGCUAUGAAAUGAGGGACGUAUCCAAUAGGGGUAGACUUCAUGAAGAACGUGGUCAAAGAAGGACUGCCGUCUUACGAUCAGAAAUACCGAUCGCUAAUUCAACACAUGCCCCUCCAGUAGGAUUUACGCGAAACGAAUUGAACGACAACGUUCAAAGGAUUCGCGUAACAAACACUGUGGCUCCUCCGGUGGCGCUAGGCGGAAUAGGAUCCAUGUUCUCAAAUAUAACGAAAUCAGCGUCAUCGGCUCUAAAUAACAUCCUGUCGUUACAGCAAAAGCAGCAAUAUCAUCAGCAACACCCUUCUCCUAGCAACUAUCAUCAGCAUCAAGCUCAUCCUAUACCGCCGAAUAUUAAUCAUCCACCACCUCCACUUCCUCCAUCUCGAUCUGCCUCUCCCCGCGACAUCGGAUUUUCUUCCGCCGUAUCCGAUAUUGUCGAUCAAGCACAUAAUAUAGCAUCUGCCGAUAGACGAGGUCGUUAUAAUAAACCUAAGGGACGCGACGACCCGCGACAACAUGCAAGCAUGACUUCUCCAACAAUGUCGGCAUCGUUAAGCCGGGAAAUUAUAAGCGAUGAAUACCGAGGCACUACGAACCUGACAGAUCGUUCUCGAUCGCCAUCACCUGGCGAUUUAAAUCGCAGACGUCUUCCUGCAGUACCGCCUCUGGCCAAACCUACAACGCUACGUCUUGAUCCUCAGCCUCAACGAUUGGUUUUGUCGCCCAAUUCUAUGAACUUUCCGCGCUUGUCGCCGUCGCCUACUCACUUCAUUAUUUCAACUGUUAACGCCCAUUCUGAAUCUGACGAUGAGGAUUGGUGUUAA